UAUGUCGCGGUCAUCGCACCCAAUAUUCUCAUCUCAUUCCUGUUUCCACCAAUGGACUCGUAUGGACAAUAACUCUUUUGGGGCAGGGAAUCGGGAAGACCGUUUUUUUCGCAAACAAUCACGAUUUCCAGCACCAUUGCAAUCCAAGUUCUCGCGCUAGAAUCUGAGUACUAGUGUAUACAUCAAUUUCGGGUCCUUCACAAACAGAUACGCAAUAGCUACGACAUUAUUUCCUGCUAUUGACUUUCAGACGUCGAGCCAAAACUGUACCGAACUGUGGCGAAACGUCACUGUAUUAAAACAAGCACCACAAUAAGCGCCGCCAACUUGAAGCAUCCAUUUAAAGCUCGACCGCUCCCAGUCCCCAACGAGUUUCAACGCACUAUGAACACCUUUCAGUCCUCCAAAAACAUUCAUACUUCCAGCUACCUUAAUCCUUCUGUUGACCCCUCCCCCCUCGGGUUUUUACUCAUUUCCUUGGGCGGCAGCCGCGCUGUCAGCUCUUCCCCUCCUAGUCCCCUCACUGAUUGGGACGGUAUCGGCAUCGUUACGCGACGGGAGGAAAUAGUCAACAUCGUAACGACUCAUCGCCAACGACUUUGUGAACUAUUAUGGAUUGCGAGAGAGGAGUGCGCGUCUUGGGAGGGAUUCGACUCUUGCCCUAGCGACAAGGCAUGGGACGUCCUCCGUUUCUCUGGCUUAGGAAAAGAUGGCGCGAAACGAACGAUAAAGAUCUGGAGUAUGGAAGGCCUCCUCUCGACGUCCUCCUCGCCCAGGUCGUGUCGAUUGGGCGUUCUCUCGAGCCGACGCGUCCAUUAUUUCCGCAGAGGGAGAACAUUGAAUCUGUAUCAGCCGCAGUCAAUAUCGACUGAUUUAUGUAUCCUCGAAGACGUGGACUUUAUGACGAACGACGUACCCGACUCUGAUCCUGUUCACGUCCCUGCUAGUCUUCCUGGUGUUACCUGUGAUUUGCUAUUGACGGCGGUCCCUGUAUACGCCCCCCACGAGAAUCUAUUCAGAUUGAUUGCCUCCCAACUCACGUCCAAAUGGUUGCUCCUCUCCAAAAGUCCCAGCGUCAAUAUCGAAAGCUUUAUCAGCUCCUUGCACGCGUCAGACAAGUUCUCCGAAGCAUAUCGCCACCAGUUGUCGGAGAAUAUGAUCAGUUCUGAAGUCCAUGGGAACCAAGUUCAACGUCUCAAAGUCAGAUUGCUUAACGAGCUACAAGUGACAACUCCCUGGGAACCGCGCAUCUCCAGGCUCGGCACCGACCAAAGCGAUGCCUUGUACACUGGUGUAUACUUCCUUGGUCGCCCAAGCUCGAUUCCAGCUACCCCUGUCGGACUCGGAUAUCCGCUGGAAGGGCCUCCACUCUCAACGACCGACUACACACUCAAGGCAGGUUCGAUGGAUCCCAUCCCACCAUCCCCCUUCUCUUCAAACUCCACAGGGUACCUCACGAGUGUGCGCUCCGCCGGCGAAGGUGAUAAAAAGUGGCGCGAAGUAUUCGUCAAGUCUGGACCAGGAGUGGCCGCUGAAUUCUCCAUUCUCCCCACCAUCCAGAAGCACUUUUCUCCCCAUCUCAUUCAGCAGUUGUGUGGGUACGACGGUGCUCAGGGAAUCAUCCUCUACGAUAGGUUCCACGGUCAAUCUCUGAGCGACAUUCGGUUGAAACUGAACAAUACCAGAGGCGCGAAGAAGGAAGUGUUCCAGUCGCUCGUGAGCAUAGAACUUGUUCGUUCACGGCACGUCGUAGCUGCACAGCUCAGCACCUUCUCUACGGAUCCUGAGGUACAGGCUGGACAGGAUAUUCAUCGUUUCUACUAUGAUCGGUUGCAUUCCAAUCGACGAAUGCAAGAAUUCUAUGGAGGAGGAGAUGCGAGCUUCCUACAGACGGGGGGUGGUAAAUCCUUGGCGCUUGAUGAAUUGAUGGCCUCACCUGUGGUCGUCAACGGGACGGAAUACCCAAGUCUAGAAUCCCAGUUCAGAAGGGCGGAAGCCAUCCUAGAUCCUGCUGGACGCCAUCUUCAUAAAGCUCCCACGGCAUUCGGGCUCGGUGAUGGUCAUGGAGGUAACCUUCUGGUGACGGAUAUGUCUGAGGAAAGGCUUCGAUUCAUUGACUACGAGGUCGCUGGCUUCCACCACCCAAUCCUCGAUCAAGCAAAACCUCUGUACCUCGAUGGAUUCUUUGGCGUCUUGUACAAAGAUAUUCUCCUGCCGGGGAACAACGCGGGUAAAUACGACAUUCAGUGGAAGGUCGGAGAGACUGGCAUAACCAUCGAUUAUGCCAUUCAGUUCAGUCUCAUUGACCGAGCCCUUGCCUUCAUCAAAUUGGAAUGCGUCUUGCGUCCACUACUUGACCGUUUGGCGGCCGAGGGACCAGACGAAGUUGAAGCGUCUAUCGAGCUGCUUUCGGCGGCACUUUUCACCAACGCCCUCCUGACGCGGAACUUUUCAAAGUUACCUGCUGAUGUAUUCUACUUGAAUUGCGCAGUAGGAAUGACUUUGAUGCACGACAUCAAACUGGCAUUCAGGUCGUUCUUUGGAUGGGAUGGGUUGUACGCGAUUGCCAACGAUGCUGAGGAUUCAAAAGGAUGGGUGACCUUGCAUCAAGGAGGGCCGGUCCUCGAUGAGGAGUCUCUCACCAUGCUUCUCGAGGGUUUCCUGAACCAGACGGUCAAGGAAGGGUGGUUGGAGCCCGAGACGGUGUUUCUGAGACGCUUCGAGGAGACACUUCAAGUACACCGACGUUUCUCGAAGGAUAAAGAAGAGGGAGAAGGAGCAGUGAUCAGAAGGAUAGGCAAAGCACGAGAACUAGGAAUGAAGAUUGCGCCGCAUACGUGUAUACGGGAAUCUAUCUUCGCCGAGCCACGCAUUGACCACCAUUUCCUCUACGAAUCCGUUCUGGAAGAGGCGCGCAAGCCAGGACCGACGCCGAAGAGGCUUGUAGAUGUCGGAUGUUGCAUGGGCAGCGACAUUCGGAAACUUAUUUUCGACGGAUUUGAGGCCGAGAACGUCCUUGGUAUUGAUUUAGAGAAAGGAUAUUUCGAUCUUGGCGUGAUGAUGUACAACGAAUACUCGAAAUCGCCUUUCGAAUUUCGAGAGGCGGACGUAUUGUCGAAGGACUUUUGCAGAUUCAACCCAGGCUUGGAAUCAGGAUUUGAUUUCGUGCACUCAGCGAACGUCAUCCAUCUUUUUGAAGCGACGCGGCAACUCCAGUUCUUCCGUAUCAUGGCUUUCCUCGCAAAGCCGGGUGGCUGCAUAUGGGGACGCCAAGUCGGCUUAAUCGAAGAUGAGAAUACGGAGGUGUAUCGCCAGCCGAGUGGGAAAGGCGCACGUUUUACAGCCUCGGAAUUCAAGUCAUUGAUUGUGGAGGCCACCGGAUGGGAUGAGGAAGAGAUAGGUUAUCAGAGCCGCAUGGUCAAGUACACUGAACUUCGCGACGCCCGAAAAGACAAAGGAUGGGUGCUUCAGUGGUCGAUUAGAGUUCCCGAGGAUAAGAGUCGAGCAGUGCGCCGGUUUCAUCUCGAAGAUGCAGCUUUGGCUAAUUAAUGUUAAUUCACUAGAUGACGAGCUAUCAGCAUUACGCGUUCAAUUUUAUGAUGUCUUUGCCUCCCCCAAAUUGCUACUUGCUGAAAAUGAGGCUUUCGAGUUUUUGAAGGAAUGCAUUUACUCGUGGUGGCACUUGGUCGCGCCUACAGCGAAAUUCGUACAUCAAGUACUGGCGCUAUGGCAGCGUAAACCUGUGGAAGGGUUUUUGGUGUGAAGACAAUGUUGGUCUUGGUGGGCUUGACGAGUGCGUUGACCAACAUCCACCCCAAUCGCUCCAC